AUGGACGUCUCCAAGUUUCCUGACUUGUACGACGAGGAACGAGCCAAGAAUAUAGUGGGAGACAUAUCCUCUCGACGCGCUGCGGCGGCGCCAGAUAAAUGCUUGGGGACUUUCAUGGACAGCCCGUCGGCUUCGACACAGGUUCGCAUAGCGUCAGGGUACAACGACCGCACGCGCGUACUCGUUAUGCCUGAUGGUGAGACCGAGUAUCAACUGGAGAUAGUCGGCGUCUUAUGGAGGGUGGACCUGCCCCCGGUUGGCUCGGACUAUCAAAGCGCGACACUACGACGUGCUCGUCAAGCCAAGCAAGGCGUUGCAAUCGUAGCGUUUGACAACCCGUUGUUCGCGGCUGCGAUGAGGAACAUCGAGCAUAUACGAAAUCUGUUCCAACGAAGCAUCGGACGCCGAGUCACCACUAGCGCGCCCACCCAAACCAGAUGCGGCAAAGCCAUCGGGUUCGCCAGCCGCUACUUCAGCCAUGUCAAGGACGCCGACCCUGCAAGCGUAGAAUCUGUGCCAGAGAAUAUCGACCCAUUCCCACAGCGGUACCUUCAGGCUAUGCUCGAAUCGUACGGACAACUGGUCUACACCAAUUCUAACUCCGUAGAAUACUAUAUCGCUUCUGGAGAAGGGCCAGCAGGUGCGCUGAGCUAUACCGAAUGUCCACCUUCCACGUUCCAAGUUGGUGACGUAGUCGCCGUCACAAUCUCGUUCGUUGCAGUACCACAGUUCACCAGAGGCGCGGAGGCGGAUUGGUACAUGUUGAAAGUGUUGCGCGGCAUCGCAUUGCUGGAUGAUGGCCCAACGAAUCCCGGUAUCAAACGACCGGGUAGGGCCUUCGGCGCACAGGAGGAACCCACGGACAAGAGAGCACGACCGACGCAGGAGGAGGGGAAUGAUAACGGUAUGCAGAUUGCCACCCAUUGGUCCGAAGAACCGCCCAAGAAGAAGAGAAAACGUCACACAACAACCGGAGGACCAACUUCGUACGACGUUGUCGCUUUUUCCGUCAACGAGCAAUCCGUCGACGACGUGGUAAACGGCCCAGGCGUACCCAGUAGCGGACCAGCACAAUCAGGCAGCUCAACAAGACAGAAUGAGGCCCCCACGUGGGAAUACACGUCACGGUCAGAGCCGGACCCUUCGUUAUGUGUCCACCCGACAGCACCCAUUGGUUCGAACGACUUAGCAACGACAUCAGAAGCGAGUCACAACAUUGCAGCGGACUUUGAUCAAAGCGACGCGGACGGCUCGUCAGCGUCCGUACAUUCACUAGAUCUGACGAGCAACGUUGCGGUCCGACAUGGCACACCGACUACGUGGUGGCAGUCAGUCAAUGCCAUAACGUACCUCCCGUACCACACGACGGACAAUCCUCGAGUGAACGUUUUGGCAUGGGAUGCCAAUUGCGUCGAUCUUUGCGCAAAAAUGUUUCCCAGCGCCCUUGAACGGCCCGACAUGCUCACAGUGUUAACGAACGGUCCAGUGAACGACAUCUUAGACCAAGCCGUCGCCAGUUUAGAGCAAGGCGUAUCCGUACUGGUGAAAGGUGGUGGAUUGAAGGUGCCGCAAGUCAGUGGACGUGACGAUGUUGACGACGCGAUGACGCCACAAUACUGGGGGUGUCGAUUCCCAGCAGGAGGCGGACUCGGUUUGGAUCUUCACACUCCGUUGGAAGUACACGAUAUGUACCUGAGAGAGGUCGAGACGCAAUCAGACAAGGACGAAGCAGGACGCAACAGUGACUCUUCGGUCGAUACAGCGAAAAGCGAACGUGCUUCAUCAUCAACAAACCAUAAGCACAAAGGGGCACCUGGCCCAAAGCGUGUCAAUCAGCAACACACGCCCGCGGCUAACCCGAUUCCACCAGAGAGCCGUACCAUGAUGUCUCUUAACGAGUUCCACGAGUACAUACAGGACGGCUCGAAUCCGCCUCGCUGCAUUCUAGAGCUCUUACCAGGUCUCCCCAGCAGCGAUGCAAUCAUUGAGCAAGUCUUACGAUCGUGGCAGACGUAUGGCGCACCUUCGACUGGUGUCUCCUACACCAACGGGGCUUCUUUACUAUGCCUCAUUUCGACGCAAUGGGGCUGGGCACAUCAGUCCAGUACCGCGACAUUUGCGAAUCUGGCGGAACGGAUGAAGCAUGUCGUGGCUGGCGCGAGCAAAUACGGUGCUUCGAGGGGCGACUUCCACAUCCCAAACAGCGACUGGACCAUAGGACCAGAUAACGGUGCCAUUCUCAUUUUGGAGGAGGGUGACCUCUUCCGAGUGAGGAACGGUGAACGCUUCCGUCGGAAGAGCAUGCUUGCACUUUGUCUCAUGAUUCUCUGGCCGGAUCGUUAUAUUCCACGGGCGUCGCAAGCACCCGCGCGUGCUGUCGAGAGCGAACGAUCCGACGGUGGUCGUCUGCUCGCACGUUUCCUUAAAGGCUACGGCAAGUGGGCGCGUCUCGACAUCGACAAUGUCGCUGUAUCUGUGUGCGAACGGGUCAUCCACAAGAUCACGCCGAGACGCGGCAAGAAAGAAUCCCCAUCAGCCUGGUACACCCGCGCUCGCGAAUACAACGUCGAUGGUGCCCACUGGCAACAUCCAGGAGAUUAUAUCGAUCUUUCGUAUCUGUUGUAG